GAUCAAAUCCAAAUUCUUGUUCAGCCUCACUUAGCAGGUCUUGGAAUGAAGGUUGAUUGAGAUAUGCUACAGGAAUGAAAAACCGCUGUCUCUCGUUCUCCCCAACGUAAACAGCUAAAAAACUUUUGGGACAUCUACUAAGUUAUAUGAACCUCCGCGACUUGAAUUUGAAAAAGACCGCCGAAGAACUUUCUUUGCAUGAGUUACACUUGGAUGACAGAAACCCAUGGCUUUAUGUCUCGCUAGAGAAAUGUCAGGUGAAAGUUUACAGGAGGAAGAAGAAGAGAAGAGUUGAGAAUAUGCAGAGACUUGAAUGGAUGGCAAUGAAAGUCUCAUGAAGUAUAUAUAGUUAAAGUUUUACGUAGGAUUUGUCUUCCUUUGAAAGAAAUCUGUGGUGACAAUUAAGACCAUCUUGAUAGGGUAUAGAAGGGAACACUGUCUCAUGAGGGAUCAGACGGUGCUGUUUUCCACCUGAACUUCAAUAUUUUAGGUGAGAUAUUGCUGGACAGAAUGCAGAACUUCAACAGAUAUGUAGUCUCAAUCACUACCAAUAUAUUUUGACGAGAUGAUGAAUUUGAAGACAGAGCCAUGUGAACUUGCAAAUGCUUCUGUCUUUAAAUUUUUUUUCAGUCCCAUUCAAUUUUCUGCAGACCACUCACUCAAAACUUUCUUUUAACAUUAAGUUGAUUGUUAGGAUUACCAAUGAUCUUGUCGUCCUAUCUUCCGAACAUGAGUAGGACAUUAUGUUGUAUUGUUAAUCUUCAUUUCUACUCGUACAUUUUUCUUGUUUAGUUGGAAAGAAGUCCAAGUAAUUUUUCCUUGAGAAAAUGACUUUCACUUGGCUCUGCCACGGUCUUUCACCAAUUGUAUUUUUUUCCGUAGCCUCCUUGAAACAUUGGAAGACAGAGCCAUGUGAACAUUCAAAUGCUUGAGCAGCUGGGUCACUAGCCAAUCUGCAUUCAAUUGCCUCCAGACCACUCUCUCCAACUUGUACAGAUUAUUUUGUAGACCAACGUAUCAAUUUUUUGUACCAAGUCCUCACAUUUUAUAUGCUAAAACUGUUGAAAUAAAACCAUGGGAAAAAUUCUUGUCUCAAGCAUGUCUCUGAUUUUCUAUAAGCCUUCAAUUAAGAGUGGUAGGACAUUGUGCGCUUUCUUUUGGUCACCGACUCGUGAAGUGUUGUUGAUAACUUGUAGACAAGUCCAUGUGAUUUUUCAUGAGCAAACUAUCUCUCACUUGGGUCCAUCCCAGUGUUUAAUCACCAAUCAUUUUAGGUAACCGACGGCUGUUUUAACUAUAUAUGCUCACAUCAUCCAACGUUCAGGAGCAAGCCAACACAAGUCUUCUACUCCCAGUCAUAUCUUCUCAAAGUUCCUUCUGUCCUGAACUCUUUAGUAUACCUUUUUCAGAGAAAUUUCAAAACCAUGGGUUUCCGAUUUCCUGGUAUUGUACUUGUACAUGCCAAGAAAAAUCAAGUUUCUUCAAAAUCAUUGGAUGUUCCAAAAGGCUAUCUUGCCGUCUACGUUGGGGAGAGCCAGAAAAAGCGGUAUGUGAUUCCAGUGUCCUACUUGAACCAACCUCCAUUCCAGGAUUUGUUAAGCCUAGCUGAAGAUGAAUUUGGAUAUGACCAUCCAAUGGGUGGUCUCACAAUCCCCUGCAGUGAAGACACCUUCCUUGAUCUCACUACUCUGUUUGGUGUAUAAGUAGAGGCUACAAUAUAUGUCAAUAAUUUUGACACCAACGGCCGUAGAAGCACUUGGCAUUUUAAUCGCUUUCUGGCUCACAUGAAGGAGGUUCAAUUGAUCAAUCGUCCAAUGAAUCAUCCGGAUGGAAGAGGACAGCAACGUCAAACCGCUUGUGAGCUGAGAGGAAACGGCCAACCUAGCGGACAUAAACUCACUGACACAAAUUUUCAAGAAUAGUUAUUGUCAACUGAAUGUACACAGACAUAGUUAUCCUGCAAGACGAUAAUUUACAAUGCAACGGUUUUAUAGUUUCAUUAUGUACUUUCAUUUUAUUUGCUAUCGUCUUUCAAUCUAGUUACGAACAGACGAUAAAAUUUACACAAAAGGGAUUGACAGUGGCGAAGCCAGGAAUUGACCGGGGGAGGGGUGAAGUUACUGGACCAACACUGAAACUGAGAGAUGAAAGCUAAAAGAAUGCAAGGUUCAAAAGAAUAUCAAUAACCAAAUCCUUUUAUAUAGUAAUAUCUUCCAUAAUUUAUCAAUACAAACAAAUUACCCCUAAUAUGCAUAAUAACUAAUCCAACCAACAAUUCAAUUAAUCAAUACCAAUAAUAAUAAGCAUACAAAUUAUUCAAUAAAUAAAAAUUCAAUUCAAUUAAUCAUAUGAAUAAGAAUAAUUGUAUACAUUAUGGAAUAAUUCAAUUAAUUAAUCCAUAAUCAAGAAUUCAAAUUUUAAUUUUCAUCCUAAAAAAUAAUUUCAUAACUUCAUAUCAGUAAUCAAUAAUCAAUAAUGUAACAUCCCACAUCAUCCAGGAGAGUGGAUCCUGUAAGUUUUAUAUGUAUAUUCUCAUCUCUAACUAGCACGAUGUCUUUUAAGAGC